UUGGAUUUUAUCCCUUGUACAUAAAUGCGAAAAUGACUUUGAAAUAUUACUAUGGUGCUCGUUCUGUCACAUCAUUCGACGUGAAAUAAUUCUGUCAAAAAGUGCAAAAAGUGAACUGGUAAAUAAAACAAAAAUUCAAUAAAAUGUCUUCAAUGCGGAUGAAGGCGGCUAAAUGUCCUUCGGACGAGCUCGCCAUCACUAAUUGUGCUCUAAUAAAUCCUGAUGAUUUUCCCAGUGAUGUAAAACACAUAGAGGUGGCUACUGGCCCAUCGCAGCAUUUCCUCUUCAGUAUCAAAUUCUUUAACGGAGUUGAGAGAGGCACCGUGGGCUUCUCAGCACCACAGAGAAAAUGGGCCAUACUCUCUAUAGGACAGGUUAUAGAUGUGAAACCCUUCAACCCGAGGAGUGCAGAAUGUCUGUGCAGCAUCACACUGGAGGCAGACUUCAUGCUCAAGAAGACUACAUCCCUGGACCCUUACGACUCGGACCAGAUGGCGCGCGACUUCCUCAUCCAGUUCUCGAACCAGGUGUUCACGGCGGGGCAGCAGCUCGCCUUCUCCUUCCAGGACAAGAAGGUGCUGUCGCUUGUUGUGAAGAACCUUGAAGCGGUGGACCCUCAAGCCAUGGCGUCGGGCGCGAAGGUGGUCCCACGCCGGGUGCGCUUCGGGCGGCUGCUGCCAGAUGCCAAUGUGCAGUUUGAUAAGGCUGAGAACUCAUCGCUGAAUCUUGUGGGGAAGGCUAAAGGGAACGCCCCCCGCCAGUCCAUCAUCAACCCGGACUGGGACUUCGGCAAGAUGGGCAUCGGCGGCCUGGACAACGAGUUCAACGCCAUCUUCCGGCGAGCGUUCGCGUCGCGCGUGUUCCCGCCCGAACUCGUCGAGCAGCUAGGAUGCAAGCACGUGAAGGGUAUCUUGCUCUUCGGACCCCCCGGUACCGGUAAGACAUUGAUGGCGCGACAGAUUGGCCAAAUGUUGAACGCGCGCGAGCCGAAGAUCGUCAACGGACCGCAAAUAUUGGACAAAUACGUUGGUGAGAGCGAGGCCAACGUUCGACGACUGUUCGCUGAUGCUGAGGAGGAAGAGAAGAGGUGCGGGCCCAACAGCGGCCUCCACAUAAUCAUCUUCGACGAGAUCGACGCCAUCUGCAAAGCACGUGGUUCUACCGGCGGCAACACCGGCGUGCACGACACUGUCGUCAACCAACUGCUGUCUAAGAUCGAUGGCGUGGACCAACUCAACAACAUCCUCGUGAUCGGCAUGACCAACCGGCGCGACAUGAUCGACGAGGCCCUACUCCGGCCCGGGCGACUGGAGGUCCAGAUGGAGAUCGGACUGCCCGACGAGAAGGGAAGAGUCCAGAUCCUGAACAUUCAUACUAAGAGGAUGAAGGAGUACAAGAAGAUGGCUGAUGAUGUUGAUGCUAAGGAGUUGGCAGCCCUGACCAAGAACUUCUCUGGCGCGGAGCUGGAGGGUUUGGUCCGCGCGGCGCAGUCCACCGCCAUGAACCGGCUCAUAAAGGCGUCAUCCAAGGUGGAGGUGGACCCGGAAGCCAUGGAGAAGCUACUGGUGGAAAGAGGGGACUUCUUGCAUGCCUUGGAGAAUGAUAUCAAGCCGGCAUUCGGCACAGCGGCCGAGGCGCUAGAACACUUCUUAGCUCGUGGAGUCAUCAACUGGGGCAACCCCGUGUCGUCGCUGCUGGAGGACGGACAGCUGUUCAUCAACCAGGCGCGAGCCACUGAGGCUAGCGGCCUAGUCUCCGUGCUGCUCGAGGGCCCGCCCAACAGCGGCAAGACGGCGCUGGCGGCGCAGCUCGCCAAGAUCUCGGACUUCCCGUUCGUGAAGGUGUGCUCGCCCGAGGACAUGGUCGGCUUCACCGAGACGGCCAAGUGUCUGCAGAUACGGAAGUACUUCGACGACGCGUACCGUUCAACCCUGUCGUGCAUCCUGGUGGACAACAUCGAGCGUCUGCUCGACUACGGACCCAUCGGCCCGCGCUACUCCAACCUUACCCUGCAGGCGCUCCUGGUUCUGCUGAAGAAGCAGCCGCCGCCGGGCCGCAAGCUGCUCAUCCUGUGCACCUCAAGCCGAAGACAAGUGAUGGAAGACAUGGAGAUCCUCUCCGCCUUCACGGGAGUCCUGCACGUGCCCAACCUGAGCACACCCGAGCAUGUCUUAGCCGUGCUGGAGCAGAGCGACGCCUUCAGCAAGCGGCAGCUGCAGGCUAUACAACACGACCUGCGCGGCGCCAAGAUCUUCAUCGGCAUCAAGAAGCUCCUAGCGCUGGUCGACAUGGUGAAGCAAAUGGACGAGGAGUCGCGCGUCUUCAAGUUCCUCACAAAGAUGCAAGAAGAGGGCGCCAUGGAUCUCGGCACUACCAUACAAUAAGACAACCGCCCUUAGCGAUCACCGCGCCCCCCCGCGCCCGCCCCGCACGCACACACACACACUCACACACACAUUCAAACACACACUCACACACACACAGCCACCGAGAGCUCGCCCUGCGCAUGCGACCUCAGAAGCGUAGAGAUAGACUACGAUGACGUCAGCGAGUGCUCUGAAUCUUCGAAUGUAAAAAAAGCGCGAACAGCCAAAGGCAACGAAAUGUCGCCGGUUAAAAUCCCUUUAUUACGCAGGAUUAGAAGCGUCGAAAUCGUCUUCGAGGACGAAAUGUCGUUCACCGAAACUGCGUACGAAGAUGCGACGGUCGAUUUGAUUGCGUCGGAUAGUAGCGAUGAUUCGACGAAAUGCGUUGAGGAUCUUGAGCAUUUGCAGGGCGAGGCGGAAGACUCGGCCACUCUGAACGCCGACGUCGAGUCGUCGGAUGACACUUCUGUUUCACUGCCGAAAGAUGUGGUCGUGAGCCCCGUUAAGUCCAAAGUAGAGGAGCAAAGUGAGCCGGCUCCAGAACUUUCGACGGCUAACGAAGAUGUGACGCUGUCUCUGAAUGUAUCAGAAGUGGGUGACUCCGGUCGUUACACCGAAGAAGCUAGUUCGUCUCACGUCGAAAUGGUUCCCGUUUCGAGUUGCGACGAUGCGUUGCUAUCGAAUUCAUUAGAUGCCGUCAAGUUGGACGAUAGUUCGUCGGCGGCAUUUAGUGGGUAUACGUCUGAAGUCCGCACUUUGUUUGAGGACACGAAUAGGCUCUAUGAAUACAUAGACAGUGACAGCGGCAGUUCAGACGACACGGCGUUGUGCGACUCAGAUCUACUACAUAUCAAGAGCCUCACGUCAGUCCAUUCCGACUCGGAAGACCAACAGACUCUGUGCGACGGUUCCGAUCUACAGUACGACUCAUUCGUCGACAUGGGAAAAUUUUAAACUACCUGUAUCAAGUAUUUAAUCUGCAAUGUAAAGGCGGCUGUUCAAUAAUCUUAUAGUAAGGCAUUGUUAUGUACGCUUCAACUCGGACUCAUGUAUUGCUUUUAAUUUUAUAUAAUGUACUACUGUUUGUUGUAUUUAAUCGUUGUUGUAUACUUUCGGGUGAGAGAUUAUGUUAUAUGUAACUUGUGUAUUUGAGAUUGUUGUAAAUGAAGCACGAUGGAGUUAUGAAGACACAUUCCACAGGUGGUCACAGACUGCACUACCCGAGUCCUGUUUUCUGUAGUGUGUGAUAGUUUUACUGUGAGCUGUCCGGCGCAGGAGCCUCCCUGACCUACCUCACGCAGCUUCGUCUCGGGCCGGUGGGAUGCGGGCCGAAACCAUGUCACUUGUACCAUAUAUUAUGUAUCUUCAGUCGUUCUUUACGUGUUUUGUAAAUAUUAUUUCCAUUUGUAGAAAUAUUUGUAAGUAUAGUUUUGUUGUUCUAUCUUGAACCUAUGACAUGGUGACGGCAGAUCCAGGGGUUGUCAGUUGUGUUAGUAAAGUAAUUAUGCUAGGCAAUAGCUCAGUUUGUUGAUGUAUUUCACAAAGAGUGAUUAUUUAUUUCGGUUUGUUAAUUAUGUAGUUUGAAAUGCAGCUUGAUGAUGAUGUUUUUAAUUUUAAUAGGCAUAAUGAACAAUAUAUUAUGUAAUAUUAACGAUUUAUAGUAAUUUAAGAGAUAAUGUUGUCAAUUUCAAAUCUAUAAGGAUAAAAUGCACUGUUUGAGCAAUUGAGCAUAUUUAUGGAUUGUUAUAAAUAAGUAGUCUGCUUCAAGUAGCAACGAAUAUCAAUAUAGUCAUGAGUACAAGAGUAUAAUUACUUAUAGAAAAUAAUCACUAACUUAACGUUGCACUUUAGAAAGUUUAUUUGGCACAUGCUGGAGCAACUACUUAAAAAUAUAAAAUUUAGUGAAUGAAUUCAUGUUAUACUUAAAUCAAAAAAAUAUUUGAAUUGAUACAUUGUAAAAGUACCUGUUAGUAUCACAGUGAAACUGUAAGCUGCCAAUGUUUGAUUUUUAUUAACAUUUAUUUUAAAAUGAGAGCAUUUAAAAUACUAUCUGAAGACAUAGGUACAAGGACCAUAAUGCAAUAAUUUAUUUACUAGGUUUAUAUUAAUUUCCUUUCUAUCUAUUUACAUAAACUCCUCCUUCAAUGAAAGGUAAUGGAUCCAAAUCUUUAAAAAAUAUUCUCUCUCUUUGAAUAAUCUCCUUAAUUGAUAAUUAUAAUCAAAACUUGCUAACUAGUCACCUCUGACUAAACAUCUUGGAGAUAUAGGUACAGUUGGUAUCCUCUUGAAUUUUAACUAUUAUGUUCAUUAACAUUCCAUGCUACAUUCACUCAUCGCCAUUAAAUGCUAUUGUGUACUUAACUAUUUUCUCUUUAAAAGUAAUAAAAGUGUGGCUUGCUUUAGGAAGCUUUAGUAAAAUUAACUCAGUAGAGGAUAAAUGUUUGGAAAAUCAAUAAUUUUAUCUGUGAAUGUGUGAUGCUAUAAUGAAAUUAUGAAUGUGAACUUGUAUAGUUACUGUUGAGAAAUAAAUAUGUAAUUAUC